AUGUUAGACGUGCUUCCUCGAGCACCAGAAGAAAUCAGAGAGGCAGUGACUCGUAUGUCGCUGCAGGGGACGAUCCAGAGGCACAUUUCAGAAACAUUGGAUAUAAGGCAUGCCAUUGUUAACAGGAUCUUGCAGGAAGCGGCACUCCUCGCAAAGCGGUACGUGAGCGUAGCAAGAAGCAUUACGACCUACCAAACUCAUCUCGACUUCACGAAGACCUGCCGGGAGAUUAACGUAGUGCCACGCAGCCUUCAGCUUAAACGCUUGGUGCACACGGCGGAGGGCCACAAGAUCAUCGCAAAAGCCGAACAGCGCCUGCUAAACGCCCGAAUCCAUGAAUGCCACAGCGUGAUCAAGAAGAAGGAAUUAGACCUGUUUUUCCUUCGACGGCAGCUUCAACAUCGACUGCCCGACGUCUUUCCGUCUUUGGAGGAAUUCGCUCGAAAUGUGGUUGCAACAACAGCUCGGAAGCAGCAAGCGGCCCACAAAAGCAAGCUCACGACACUUCAAGGAGAAAAACCCCACCGCCGACAUGACAACGAUAAUUUCGUUGUCAACCUGUCCUCCAGACAACUCUCCCCUACCGAGCAUAGCGUGCUGGCCAAGGGACACAACUUCAACGUGAACACUGCGCAUCCGUCACUACCAAGGAUCAUUGCGGCUACGGAGGAAGGCAUAAGACGACUCGACAACGGCAUUCGAGAAAAUGUCCGUCUCAAGGCCAUCGGUGUACUAUCAAAAAUAGGAAAGCGCCGUGAGCACAACAUGUCGAGGGAGGAGAAUAAUGCGAUCCGUUCACUCCGGAAUGAUGAGAACAUUGUCAUCCUCCCAGUCGACAAGGGCGACGCAAUGGUCGUGCUCGAUAGGGAGGCGUACAGCGACAAAAAUAUGGAAAAGGACUCGCAUACACUGAGGUCAGUGACCUGGCGCAAGGUCUCUAAUGUAGCCAUGUGUUCAACAUCUCCUUCGGGUGUUAACUCUGACGACCUUUAUUUCCUUUGGGACCAGCAUCUGAAGAAUUAA